AAAGCGGAAGCAGAAGACGGGAAGGGGAAAGAAUCCCACAGCAGGUGGAAAGCAGAUCUGGAGCAAGCCGCUCAGGUCCACAGCUUUUGUCUUUCUGGAAAAAGAAGAAAGUACCUGAGGAUUGCCUUUUCCCACCCUCCAGUUAAUGAAAACUACUGUUAGCCUCAUCCUAAACGAAAAGACCAAGGGGGAGGUAAAGGCAAUCUGUUUUGUUAGGAGGAGAGCUGCGAGGAAAUCCAGACGACUGUCUUUUUGAAGCGUCUGAAAUAAGCCACUGCCUGGUCCACGGAGCAGAACCAUCCUGAUUUCCGAAGAUACACCCCCUUCAGGAGAAUUCCAGCUGGAGUCGCUGAGAGAGAGCUUUUGGAGGUUCGAAUCCUAACAAGAAAGAUGGAAAAAGGAGCCAGACACCGAAAUAACACCGAAAAGAACCACCCAGGUGGGAGCGAGCAGGAGGCCAGUCCCGAGGCCGGUUCCGGAGGGGGCGGAGUAGCUCUGAAGAAAGAGAUCGGAUUGGUCAGUGCUUGUGGUAUCAUUGUAGGGAACAUCAUUGGCUCUGGAAUCUUUGUCUCACCCAAGGGUGUGCUGGAGAAUGCGGGCUCUGUGGGCCUCGCACUCAUUGUCUGGAUUGUGACAGGCAUCAUCACAGCCGUGGGAGCUCUCUGCUAUGCUGAGCUGGGGGUCACCAUCCCCAAAUCUGGAGGUGACUACUCCUAUGUCAAGGACAUCUUUGGAGGACUGGCAGGGUUCCUGAGGCUGUGGAUUGCUGUGCUGGUGAUCUACCCCACCAACCAAGCCGUCAUCGCCCUCACCUUCUCCAACUAUGUGUUGCAGCCACUCUUCCCCACCUGCUUCCCCCCAGAGUCUGGCCUUCGUCUCCUGGCUGCCAUCUGCUUAUUGCUUCUCACAUGGGUCAACUGUUCCAGUGUGCGGUGGGCCACCCGGGUUCAAGACAUUUUUACAGCUGGGAAACUCCUGGCUCUGGCCCUGAUCAUCAUCAUGGGUGUUGUACAGAUUUGCAAAGGAGAAUACUUCUGGUUGGAGCCAAAGAACGCCUUUGAGAAUUUCCAAGAACCUGACAUCGGCCUCAUUGCCCUGGCCUUCCUUCAGGGUUCCUUUGCCUAUGGAGGCUGGAACUUUCUUAAUUACGUGACUGAGGAACUUGUUGAUCCCUACAAGAACCUUCCCAGAGCCAUCUUCAUCUCCAUCCCACUGGUCACAUUUGUAUAUGUCUUUGCCAAUGUCGCGUAUGUCACUGCAAUGUCCCCCCAGGAGCUGCUGGCUUCAAACGCAGUUGCUGUGACUUUUGGAGAGAAGCUCCUAGGUGUUAUGGCCUGGAUCAUGCCCAUUUCUGUUGCCCUGUCCACAUUUGGAGGAGUUAAUGGGUCUCUCUUCACCUCUUCCCGGCUGUUCUUUGCUGGAGCCAGAGAAGGCCACCUUCCCAGCGUGCUGGCCAUGAUCCACGUGAAGCGCUGUACCCCAAUCCCAGCCCUGCUCUUCACAUGCAUCUCCACCCUGCUGAUGCUAGUCACCAGUGACAUGUACACUCUCAUCAACUACGUGGGCUUCAUCAACUACCUCUUCUAUGGGGUCACAGUUGCUGGACAGAUAGUCCUUCGCUGGAAGAAGCCUGACAUCCCCCGCCCCAUCAAGAUCAACCUGCUAUUCCCCAUCAUCUACUUGCUGUUCUGGGCCUUCCUGCUGGUCUUCAGCCUGUGGUCGGAGCCGGUGGUGUGCGGCAUUGGCCUGGCCAUCAUGCUGACAGGAGUGCCUGUCUAUUUCCUGGGUGUUUACUGGCAACACAAGCCCCAGUGUUUCAACGACUUCAUUGAGUUGCUUACCCUGGUGAGCCAGAAGAUGUGCGUGGUUGUGUACCCCCAGAUGGAGGGGGGGUUGGAAAGAGAAGGGGUGAAUGAGGACAUGGAGGAGCAGCAGCAGGCCAUAUACCAACCCACUCCCACCAAGGACCAGGACUCAGUGGAGCAUCCCCAGCCCUGAGGACCACCAUCCCCUCAGCUGGCUACUCCUCCCUCAUCCUGAUCUCUGCCUUUUCCCUGCCUGGGUCUCCCCAACACACACACACCCCUCUGCUUCUAUCAGGCAGGGCCAGGACCUGUGUGUGGGAGUGGUGAGAAGUCAGAAACAAAUACACUGACAUUUGUACCCAAAGAACCAGCCUCUUAUCCCAGGGCCUGUGUCUAAGGCCCUCACACAAGGGUUUCCCAUGUUCCAUUAGAAGAGAGUGGAGAUACCAAGGGUGCCCUACAGGGCCUCCCUCCCAGGCCCAACCCUCAGAUGUCUCUUAUGUACCUGAGCUCACUACUGCCUUCCUUCCCCACCCCUGAGCCCAGAGGAGGCCUCAGUUCAGAGAGAACCACACAGUAACUUGGUUUGGGAAGACAGACUCAAGAGAGUCUGUCACCACCUAAGGUCAACUGGAGAGACCCAUACCUUUUUCUGUUCACUAGGGACCCAAAAGUAGAGGGGAUGCUUCCCUCUGCCGCCUUCUCUGUCUCAUCCUACCAUUCCUCCACCCAUCCACCCUGGGCUCCCUAUCCAAGAAAGGCUCCUUUUGUGACACCUCCUUCCCAUUAAGCUGAGGACCAAGGAGGAGGAGGAUGCCUCUUCCCCAACCCCAAGCCUGUGGAACACAGUGGGAAAGGUUCAGAUGGCAGAAGCCCCAGCCCUGCCCCUGCCUCUUGCAUCCUGCCCCCAACGUGGUGCCAAAGCUUCCCAAGGCCAAAAAGGCUUUUUAUUUCAGUAUCACGUACCUGUCUCUCCUAAAGACAAAGCCAUUCUGCUCCUCCUCCCUCCCCAUCUCCAUGGGAAGAAGCAGUGGCCCCCUUAUCCCCAAAGCUGCACCCUAACAUAUCCUUGCGGAGCCAGCACUGCCGGCUACCAGUUAUGCCCUUUCCUCCUCCCUGGACCUUGGCUCAGGGGCCCAGUGUGAAGGAUCCCCAAGCCUCCAGGCCUGAAAUCAGAGCCAAAUCAGCCUUAAGUCACCUUCCAUCCAAGAACUGGGCCUAAAAAUACUCCCUUAUUUCUAACCCUCAGGACAGACCUGAUAUUAAAUGCCUUCCCUGUGUGGAAGGUGCUUUCCCACAUCCCCAGAGCUGCCCAUUCCACAGGCUGGGGGACUAUUUCGGGAAGAGAGUGUUUUCAGAAGGCCAGUUCUUCUCCCCUCCCCCAACUAAAAUGACCCCUCCCUCCUUUCUGGCCUUACCGCCAACCCUUCAUGGGGCAGGAUGAGAGAACAGUGGCACAAUGUCAGCCACUUUGAAGAUCUUCAGAAAAGCACCUUGUGGUAUGCGGGCUCUGACCUUUCCCUGUACUCCAAAGCAGUGGAUGGUGUCUGCCCUGACCUUGCAGCCUCUCCCACCCCCACCCCCACCCCACUUGCAGUGCUAGGGACAUAGAAUUCUUUUAUCCCAAGCAAGAUUCCCUUUUCCCCCUCCCAUCUGCUUAAACUGGAAUAUCCAGGGAGCUGCUCCUGCCCCAGCUUGCCUCUCCACAUUGGUGAGAUGCUAGAUUUGGGCUGAGUUAUGGCUCCCAGAGUGGAUACUGGCUGGGCUGGGCCCCCAGAAGACCAUCUUCCUGGUCUUCCCUCUCUUCUCAUUCCUCCAGUCUCCUCCCUUCCUUCCAUUAUUUGUUAUUAUUAUUUUGUUGUUUUUUUUGUAAAGUGGAUGCCUUACUUUUUUGGAUAAAUAUUUUUGAAACUAGUAUUUCUAUUUCUUUUGGAUUUUUUAAAUGUAAGGUGGUUUGGGGGGUGGAGUUAGAACCUUAAUGACAAUAUGUCAUUGAGUUGGUUUAAGUUUUGUUUCCUUUGAGGUUUUCUUCUUUCUUUUCAUGUAAUAAAAUUUUAAAUGCAAAUGAAGUUGAUUGUGUUGAUAAUUAAACGACUUUCAGAAACAGAA